AUUGAUCUCCCAAAGAUGCCCAUCCAGAUUUUCUGCUCUCUGUCCUUCUCCUCGGGUGAGGACCCAGGGGCUGUAAGAGACAGCUGGGGCUCCAACCAACAGCAGCAGGAGGGCUCUGAAUCUGAGUCAGAAGAGGAGGAAGAGGAGGAGGAGGAAGAGAGAGAGGCAAAGGAGGAAGAGGAAGGCUUAGCUAUGGACUUGGUGGCCUUUGCCAACAGCUGUACCCUCCAUGGUGCCAGCCAUGUUUUUGUGUCAGGAGGCUUAGGGCCACGCCAGGCGUUAUGGGCUGUGGCCUUUGCCCUGGCACUGGGCACCUUUUUGUACCAGGUGGGGGAUCGGGUCACCUAUUACCGAAGCUACCCACAUGUGACCCUGCUGGAUGAGGUAUCCACUUCUGAGCUGGCCUUUCCAGCUGUUACUUUUUGCAACACGAAUGCUGUGAGGCUGUCCCAGCUCAGCUAUCCUGACCUGCUCUACCUGGCCCCACUGCUCGGGCUGGAGGAUGGGGAAGACCCUGGUGUGCCCCUUGCUCCACCAGGCCCUGAUGCCUUCUCUGGGGAGCCCUUCAACUUGCACCGUUUCUACAAUCGCUCCUGCCACCGGCUGGAGGACAUGCUGCUCUACUGCUCCUAUCGAGGGGGCCCCUGUGGCCCCCACAACUUUUCUGUGGUCUUUACCCGCUAUGGAAAAUGCUACACAUUCAACGCAGGCCAGGAUGGGCGGCCACUGCUCAAGACUAUGAAGGGUGGGACAGGCAACGGGCUAGAGAUAAUGCUGGAUAUCCAACAGGAUGAGUACCUGCCAGUCUGGGGAGAGACGGAUGAAACUUCCUUUGAGGCUGGGAUCAAGGUGCAGAUCCACAGUCAGGACGAGCCGCCUUUCAUUGAUCAGCUGGGCUUUGGUGUGGCUCCUGGAUUCCAGACCUUUGUGGCUUGCCAGGAGCAACGGCUCAUCUACCUGCCUCCACCCUGGGGUACUUGUAAAGCUGUUACCAUGGACUCAGAUUUCUUUGACUCAUACAGCAUCACAGCCUGUCGAAUUGACUGUGAAACUCGUUAUCUAGUGGAGAACUGCAACUGCCGCAUGGUGCACAUGCCAGGUGAUGCUCCAUACUGCACACCUGAGCAAUAUAAGGAGUGUGCAGAUCCUGCUCUGGAUUUCCUGGUGGAGAAGGACCAGGACUACUGUGUGUGUGAAAUGCCCUGUAACCUGACUCGCUAUGGGAAGGAGCUGUCCAUGGUCAAGAUUCCCAGCAAAGCCUCAGCCAAGUAUCUGGCCAAAAAGUUCAACAAGUCGGAGCAGUACAUUGGGGAGAACAUCCUGGUGCUGGACAUCUUUUUUGAAGUCUUGAACUAUGAGACCAUUGAACAAAAAAAAGCCUAUGAGAUUGCAGGACUCCUGGGUGACAUUGGGGGUCAGAUGGGAUUGUUCAUUGGCGCAAGCAUCCUGACUGUUCUGGAGCUCUUCGACUAUGCUUAUGAGGUGAUUAAGCACAAGCUGUGCCGUCGGGGCAGGUGCCAGAAGGAGUCUAAAAGGAACAGUGCAGACAAGGGUGUAGCCCUCAGCCUGGAUGAUGUCAAGCGACAUAACCCCUGUGAGAGCCUCCGGGGCCAUCCUGCUGGGAUGACAUAUGCCGCCAACAUCCUACCUCACCAUCCGACCCGAGGCACCUUUGAGGACUUUACCUGCUGAGCCCUGCCAGCCAUCAUACCAAAGGCCUGGGAGGGAAGAGGAGGGCAAGGAAAACCUGGGGGAUCAAGCUGCUCACCUGCCCUGGGGCUUACCACUGCCCCUCCCACUUCAAGGGCAGCUCCCAACUCCCUUCAAAGUCUUUCCCUCCUAGAACUGGUAGAAGGGGGUUCUGAGUCCAGUGCCCUUCUCUACUCCCUUGCCCUCCAUAUCCAUACAUUUUUAUUUUUAACAAAACAAAUAACAACAGAAAUAAACUACAAAGAGAAAGGGCAAGGGACCCCAGGCUGUCCCUCUAUGCCCUGUGCUGCCUCCCCCUGCUCCUAGCCUGACCUAUGUCUGUUUGAACAUCCAUCCUCAUACCACUUUCACCAUUCACUGAAGCUCUCUCCCAGCAGGGAGAACAUGAGUGGAAAGACUCCUUAGGGGUCUUGAAUUGGGCCCCAGACAGAGAAUGUACCUUAGGAGGGAGGGCUAAAGGGGGAGGAGGGCUUCCCUAGCCUUAAGAGACCCUUUCAGUACAGUGUCCCCCCCCUCCAAUUGUAAAUCACAAGGGCAGGAACUGAGGCCCCUGGCCCUCCCUCCCUUACACUUAUUGGGUGCCCCUCAGAGGUCAAGGAAUGGAUGGUGUUCCCUGAGGGACUUGGGACAGGACAUGGCACAGGUUUCAUGCCAACAUGCCCUGGCCCUACCCUAAAAUCAGAGAAAUUUUUGAAUGGGAUUCUUCAUCCUCAUCCCAUGAAAAAGACGUAGGCACUUGAUUCCCAACUCAGGGAGAGGGGAACUGGCACCUAUUUCUCUCCUAACUCUCAGUUCCUCCCUCCAGGGGUCCCUUGCACGGGACCACAUCCAUAAAUUUUCUUAUGGAAUUUCCCCAAGUCUUUGUCCUCUAUUCCAUUCGUUUCUUUCUAUGACUUCAUCUGCAUUUUCUAUUUCUAUAUGAUACAGACUCUAUAUUGCUAUAACUCUGUAUAUACUCCCUUCCUUCAGCCCGUCUGUCUCUGCCCAUCCCCAUCCCCAUCCCCAUCCCCUGUGUCUCUCAGUCCCAUCCCUACUUCCUCCCAAAUCUCCUUCUGUCUCUCUGACCACCCUACUACCAAUCCCUCUGAAUGCCUUCACCUGUAUAAAGUGUUGGACUCUCUCCUCCGGUGUCUGUACUGUGUACACACAUCCCCCUGAGAAGCACAAGGAGACGACGUACGCAUUGUAACUCUCUCACUGUCUUGGACAUAAAGGAAGCUGUGAAUCACAAGCUCUGCCUCUUUCUGGCCUGACCCCCUCCACCCAAUUUUCCUAUGCUUCCAGCACUCUCUGCCCUCCCUGUAGCCUUAAGGCCUCUUCCUUCCUUCCUAUCAGUCCUGUUAUCCACCUUCUGACUGGGACUUUCCUCCUAGGGGAAGGGGUGGACACAGAGAAUUGGCACUUAGCUCAGAGGAUGGAUACUCCCUGUUGGCCCCAAGCCAAGGAAAAUUAUAGAUGAUGGAGUACCUGGAGCAUGGAGAUAAGGUGUCAGAGACAGUGUAAAGGUGGGAAACAACCCAUAGCUUCUAAGGGUAGCCACUGAGAAAUAUAUGGGUGGCUAGGAGAUAGUGUCUAAGGCCCUUAUCCCCAAGGCUGUGUUGGUUAGGGUCAAAUUCUCCCCAUUACUGACUACCUACUCUCUCUUUCUUUACCUGGGGUCCAAGCCUUUACCACCAUUGCUCAAAUUUUAGGGGCAAGGCUGGACUUGAUAAUGAGGUAGGACUAGAGGAAGAGUUGGGAGCUUAUGCUGUUAACCAUCUCCCCAUCCUCCCCCUGAGAAAUAGGAUGAAAAUGAGGUUUGCACCUUUCAUUCAUCUUUCUCUGACUAUCUCAGAUGGUCCAGAAAUAUCCCUUCCAUCCUAAAGCCCUCUUGCUUAGAGCUCCCUGGGAGAAGGCCCCAGCCAACAUAGCCUCUGAUGAUGAAGAUGAGGCCACUGACCUAAUUCUAGGAGAUACUUAUUCUCCCCUCUCCAUCCCAUUUGUUGGGGAAAUGGUAGGGAUUGGGGAGGAAGACAUUGCUGGGAGUCCAUAAACACCUGGUUCCUGGCUGUCACUUGGAGAGAGAGCAGGCCUCUCUGUAGAGAAACAGGAGGAAAUAUGCUCUAAGCAGCAGUGGUGGCAGUGAGCAGGAUUGUGGGUGAGACACUCCUCUGAUCUAAU